AAGCUAGUCUUAAACCAGUAACCCCAUCUUUUUUCAAGAAUAUAUUGAAUAGUUUUCAUUUCCAAUAUUAUAAAAGGUCUUUAGCCCAUUGCAAAUUUAUCGGUGAAUUAUUCAAACAAGGGGCUUUUACCGAAAAAAAUAUAUUGUCGUUCAUUCACGAAUUAAUGAAAGUAAAAGAUAUUCUGAAUAUUCAUUGCUUAUGUAUAAUAUUACAAAUAGCAGGACAAAAAUUAUCAAAAACUCAUAAUUUGGACGGUAUAGUACAACAUAUUUUAUUAUUUAAAAAUGAAAACACUGUCCUCAUAAAAAUGUCACCAACUCUUCAGUCUUUGAUAUUCAAAAUACAAAACUUGCAUUUAAAAUGUUGGAUACAUGAAGAACCUCUUAAGUUAAUUGAGGACAAUGAACACUAUAUUUCCUUUGAAAAUUUGCCUGAGCAAUUAAAAAAAUUAUAUGAUCUUAAAUCAUAUACAGUAAUGGCCCAAUGUAUUAUUGAUGAAUGUAUGGCUGUUCUUAACGGUUUUGACAAGAUAAAUAUCAAUGAAAUAGUACAUUCGUUAAAAUAUAUCAACUCGUGGAUACAUUACGAUCAAGUGUCAUUCGUUGCUUCUAUGAUACUUAUAACACUAAACGAAGACCAAAGUAUUCGCCAUAAGGCUGGUAUACUUUUAAACUUAUUUAUUAAGAAAGGCUUGUUAUUAACUGAUUCGGUUUUAUCGGGAAUUGACAAAAUAAUGGAUGACUCAGAAUUGAAAAUAGAACUUCCAAGAUUAUCAGAUUUAUUAUUUGUCAUCACUACAUGGGAAAAUGUUAGUGCACAAACCAUCGUGAAUUGCUUCAGAACUUGUGGUUUUAUUAAGGAUGGACAGAAAAUUGGUGAAGGUAUUCCUGUUCAAAAAUUUGUUCACUUUGACGAUAAUGUCGCAACUGCUGGUACUUUUACUGACGAGGAAAUUAUUCAAUCCACUUCAGUCAAUCAGCACAAUUCUGACAAUGAUGACGAGGAAGAGGAGGCGGAGGUUCCUGUCAUAUCGUUAAAAGAAGCAACAUUUUUUAUGUCAGGAUUACGUCAAUUUUUUGAACAAUCUGAAAUGGACGAAAAAAGAUGCGAUACAAUUUUCAAUGCUAUAAUUAAGUUAAUGACCGAUGUAUUUAUGGAAAGAUUAAAUAACUAA